AUGCUGUUGCUUGCAACCAUUUUGACGACUAUUGCCUGUACUCUGAGUGCUGCAGAACCAGAAUGCGAAGCUUAUAUGACAGAUGAACUCCUUUAUUUCUCAAAAGAAGGUAAUGUCUCUAUUGGGGGUGUUUUUUCAUUCCACCAAAAUCCAGUUGGAGUAAAUCCAACACUCAGAACUAAUCCAGGAAACAUCAGAUGCAAUGGACUUGAUCCUGGGGAACUGCAAUAUGCAAUCACAAUGAUUUUUGCCAUUGAGGAAAUAAACAAUAGAACUGACCUACUUCCUGGCUUUAUACUUGGCUACCGCAUUUAUGACUCUUGCCCAAGUAUCCCUCUCUCUGUUGGAGCAUCAUUAACUCUGAUGAAUGGGCAAAUGGAGACUAAAAAAAGCUGUGCAAGUCCAUCUGCUGUGCAAGCUGUGAUUGGAGAAACUACAUCAACAUCCACCAUAGACAUCGCAAGGACUAUUGGUCCAUUUAAAAUUCCAGUGCUUAGCCAUUCAGCAACCUGUGCAUGUCUCAGUAAUAGACAGCAAUAUCCAUCUUUCUUCAGGACCAUUCCAAGUGAUUACUACCAGAGCAGAGCACUGGUUAAACUGGUCACCUAUUUUGGCUGGAAGUGGGUUGGAGCUGUAAGAAGCAUGGGAGAUUAUGGUAACAAUGGAAUGGCCACUUUUCUAGAAGCAGCUGAGAAAGAGGGUAUCUGUGUCGAAUACUCUGUGUCCAUUUACAGAACAAAUUCAAGAGAGAAGAUUUUGGAGGUUACAGACAUAAUUAAAAAAUCAACAUCUAAAGUCAUAGUGGCUUUUGCAGAUGGCAACGAUUUGGACAUGCUGAUUAAAGAGCUUUAUUACCAAAAUGUAACUGGUUAUCAGUGGGUUGGAAGUGAGGGUUGGAUCACGUACAGAUUUCUAGCAACUGCGAUUAACUAUGCUGUGGUUGGGGGGGCAAUAGGUUUUGCUGUGCCAAACGCUUAUAUUCCUGGGUUAAAGGAGUUUAUUACAGGUAGCCAGCCUUCUUUGAGACCAGGCAACACAGGACUGGUUGAACUUUGGGAAAGUGUGUUUGACUGCACUUUAAAUUCACAAACACACAAUGCCUCCAAGAUAUGCAAUGGGCAGGAGUCCUUAGCAAAUAUAAAUACACGUUUUACAGAUGUGUCUGAUGCUAGUCUUUUAAACAAUGUCUACAAUGCAGUCUACGCCGUUGCUCAUGCUGUUGAAGAACUGCUGACUUGUGAGAAAGGGAAGGGGCCAUUCCACAAAAAAACAUGUGCAGAGAAAGGGAAAAUACAGCCUUGGCAGGUGCUGUAUUAUCUAACUCAGGUGAACUUUACGACCAAAAAUGGAGAAAAUGUUCACUUUGACAAACAUGGUGACCCAGUUGCACGUUACACACUGGUUAAUUGGCAGAUGAGCUAUGAAGGAAUAAUAACAUUUGAAUCCAUUGGCUUGUAUGACGCAUCCAAGCCAGAGGGACAAGAGAUUCAAAUGAGAGAUGAUAUUGAGGCAAUCUGGGCAGGAAACCAGAAAAAAGUGCCUCUGUCUGUGUGCAGUGAGACUUGCCUUCCAGGCACUCGACAAGCUUUUGUGAAAGGAAAACCUAUUUGCUGCUUCGACUGCAUUGACUGUGCAGAUGGAGAGUUCAGCAACACCACAAAUGCAGUUACAUGCAUACCAUGCCCUCUUGAGUACAAAUCAAAUGGGAAUAGAACACAAUGUGUCCUCAAAAACAUUGAAUUCCUGACAUUUAAUGAAGUAAUGGGUAAUAUACUUGUAACAUUUUCUAUGUGUGGUGGAUGUCUCACAAUCACAGUAGGGCUGAUUUUUUUCUACCACAGACACACACCAAUUGUCAGAGCCAACAACUCAGAGCUGAGCUUCCUGCUGCUUUUCUCGCUCACUUUGUGUUUUCUGUGUUCUCUUACUUUCAUCGGUCAGCCCACUGAAUGGUCCUGUAUGUUGCGUCACACAGCAUUUGGGAUCACUUUUGUGCUCUGCAUUUCCUGUGUUCUAGGUAAAACAUUAGUUGUUUUAAUGGCAUUCAGGGCUACACUGCCAGGAAGUAAUGUCAUGAAAUGGUUUGGACCUCCUCAACAGAGAUUAAGUGUUUUUGUCUUUACUUUUAUACAAUUGCUAAUUUGCAUGCUUUGGUUAACAAUGUCACCUCCAUUUCCCAACAAAACUACAAACAAUUAUAAAGACAAAAUAAUUCUUGAGUGUGAUUCAGGUUCAGCUGUUGGCUUCUGGGCUGUACUCAGUUAUAUUGGCUUUCUGGCUAUCUUAUGUUUUAUUCUAGCUUUUCUUGCCCGCAAGCUGCCUGAUAACUUUAAUGAAGCCAAAUUCAUCACAUUCAGUAUGCUCAUAUUCUGUGCUGUAUGGAUCACUUUUAUUCCAGCUUAUAUCAGUUCCCCAGGAAAAUUCACUGUAGCCGUGGAGAUAUUUGCUAUUUUAGCAUCAAGUUAUGGAAUGCUCUUUUGUAUAUUCAUUCCUAAAUGCUACAUUAUUUUACUAAAACCAGACUUGAACUCUAAGAAAAAAAUCAUGGGUAAAGUGUCUUCAAGGGUUUUUUGA